AUGAGCUUCGCUAGGAGCUUAAGUAUGAGUGAUGACUGUGAAACGGAAUCUGAGCCACCACCAUACACUCCACCAAUUGAAAUACGCCACAAUUAUUCAGACACCCUUCUCACACGGUUGACGCACGAGUCUCAACAAAGUCAAAAUACUCUGAGGCUACAAAGGGAGACGACACCUAUCAGUUUAACGCUUAUUUAUCAGUUAUUACAGCUGACGUCUCUUCUACCAGCUCUCACUGGAGUGCUUUAUUUGUUAAUUAGGACUGCGUCACCACAGCGUACACUUCCAAAUCCAUCGAGAAUAGAAUAUCUGGCUAGUACACCAUGGGCUAUUCUCACUGCUGUUCACAGCUUCCAAAUUAUCAGUUCAAUGUUGCAUAGGUGGAAACACUACUAUCAUCCAAUUUCAGUAAUAAUUAGGUUGUUAUCAAUACAGGCAGCCUCAUUCCCUUGGAUUAGGGUUACACUUUGGGUAACAUCAGAACCUGAAAAACCAUUAAUCGCGUGGAUUAUCGUCGCCUAUACGACGGCGAUAUCAUCAACUUUGGCGCGAUGGUACAUUAGCAAUUUAAGUAAAUCAUCAAAAGCUAAUCAAUCAAGACAUCUUGAUAUAAAUAGAUUAGUUACACGUACGAUUUUACCCAUUACGACACUCUCAGUUCUCUCGCUACUCUUUGUUCUUUACGAUUUAUACACCACUAGGUUGGCAUUAACGAGUAAUUUUGGUAGCAACAACAACGCCAUACAUAUAAGCAACCUUGCAUCAUUGAAGAUACCAUCAUAAUAUCUUAUUUAUCUUAUUUUUAAGUAAUUUGAACUAAUUUUCAUGCAUUUUCAUUAUAUU